AUGAUGUUCGUUCCGUCUGAAGGAGGUUUACCCUCAGGUGCGAGUGGCCGUCGACCAGGUGCAGGUCGUUCUACUGGACCACCAUCAAAAUGGGAUUAUGUUAAAACAUUUUACUAUAGUCCAGUGAAAUGGGAUUUCGUCAAAAGCAUUGGUUUUUUUGCUGUUGCCGUUUAUAUGAUUCGUGAUUUUGCAUCAAAUGAUCUUCUUCCAAUGGAGUAG